AUGUCUGCCUUCGUAUCUCCCACGUUUCGCAUUCCUUCAUCAGGGCGAACCCCUCCCCGUUGCGCCCCCCGCGCAACAGCCCUUUCCCCGACAAGCAAGCGCGAGCCCUCUCCAGCGGUCAAAGCCGUCAUCACCCGCUUGCGAGAAGAACUCCCCGCCCUCUUCGAGGACCCAAGCACUGCCGACUAUUCUCUUUACACCGACACCGUCACCUUUGAAGACCCCCUCAACAAGUUUCGCGGCGUAUCUCGAUACGCAUCUAACAUCAACUUCCUCAACUCCUCCCCUGUCUUCACCGACGCAAAGCUCACUCUCUACGAUGUCGCCGUCAUAGGCCCGCAGCUCUCUACUGUGCGAACGCGAUGGGCUCUCCAGAUGGUCGCGAAUUUGCCAUGGAAGCCUUGCGUCGCGUUUACGGGGCAGAGUGAUUACGUUGUCAAUGACGAGGGGAAGGUUUACGAGCAUAUCGAUUACUGGGACUCGCUUGAGGACUCCGCAUUCUUCGCACCAAAGGCUGUAGUGGAUUUGGUUUCCCAAUGCAAGCCAGGGAGGAUAUCGCCACUGGACCUUGGAGGGUUUGAACUGCUGCGGCGCACAGCGGCUUGCGAAGUGCGCAAGUUCGGUAUAGGGGACCGACAAGGUGUAUAUCUGAAGCCGGUGGAUCGUCAAGAUGCGUUAAAGGUGUGGGAGGUAACACCGGAUCGGGCUGAGGGGUCUAAUUCUUGCACGGUUGACUUGGUUGCAGUUGUUACGAUUGAUUCGAAGGAGAUGUCAUCACAGUUCUUAGAUCGUCGCGUGCGCGAGCUGAGAGAGGCACUUGACACCGUCGACUACGCAACACCAGCCUCCGAGUGGUUUCUUGUGAAGAACACUGUUAGGGGACGUCCGAUUUAUGAAGUGUGGCACCUACUUGAAGAUGCAAACGCCGAUGUAAACGAAUAA